AUGUCUCACGACAAGGUUGACCCGAGGGGUAUUUGGAGGCGCGCAUAUGAGCUCCUCAAGGAGGAUAAUGAAGCUUUGGUCCAUGAAUACGAGGAAAAGAUCCAGUCAGCCAAGGAUCAGAUCAAGUUGAACGGAAAGGAGAAACUAUCACCUGGCAUCUGUCCUGAUGAAGUGCAUGGGAUGUUGAGCCUCACAAAUGAGAUGAUCCAACAGGAAGAACACAAGCAGACAUGGAAUCAGAGUGUAACCAUGGCGGUGCAAAUUGUUACUUCUAUGAAAGAUAUUGUUGCCCAGGCCAUGAAAAACUCCCCGGAGGGGUCCUUGGCGUGGGCGGGGUUGUGCCUCAUCCUGCCGAGGAGUGAGAACGUGGAAGGGCUGUCCAAAGUGAUCCAUCGCAUUUCGUAUUAUCCUUCUUACGCCGUCUGGUUGAUGAACCACCACUCCCCAGGUCCUGACGAAACAUGGAAUGUUCUGGAAGUCUGUUUGCCAAUAUUACCACGUCGACUCGACGACAAACAAAGUGAAACAGCUCUUAAAAGAUACCUUGAAAUGGGACUCUUGGACCGCAAUGAUAGACGACAUGCAGAGACUGGAAUUGGAAAUCCAAGGGAAGGCGCAAGACCUCAAUCUCAUCGCCUCGCGAAAUCUUCUCCAGACCUUGAACGAGGCCUCCCAGCAGCAACUAGAGCUAAACAAUCAUAUGGAGCAGUACCUCAGAGAAAUCAGAGAUGCUCUUGCACUAACACUCUCAAGCCCAGGAUGCCAAGCCAGCGGAGUCAAAGAAAUUUACACGUAACGUGGCCCCUUGGUGCCCUUCCUUCGGGACAAGGAGAGCUUCGUGGGCCGGGAGCGUUGUGUGGUCUUGGUGGGGCAGGCAAGAGUCGGAUUGCUCUGGAGUACGUCUACCGGAUGCGUGAGCAGGAUCCGCACUUGUGCAUAUUUUGGGUGUUUGCGGCAAGUAGAUCAAGCCUCCAGAGUUCGUACGAGACUAUUCGUCGCGAAAUUCCACCUGAAUAUAUUCGUACCUUGCAAUUCAGUCUCCGCACAGGAGUGGCAGGCAAUGUGGACACCGAGCGUGAGACUAUUUCACUAGUCACCCAAUGGCUACGGUCGGAUCAGAUUUCCCGAUGGCUCCUAGUUGUCGAUAAUGCCGACGACCUCACGUUCGUCGACCCAACGCACCCGGAAGAAUCUCAUCUCAUGAAUCUGAUCCCGAGCGCGAGUAACGGAAAGGUGCUGAUUACCUCCCGCAAUGGGAGAGUUGCCGAGGAGCUCGUUGGGUUUGCAAAUCGCGUUGUGAGAGUGGAACGGAUGACAAUGACUGAAGCCACGACCCUAUUCCGCAGCAUGCUACCGAAUGACACUUCUCCGGAAGCCGAUAUCGAAAAGUUGGCAGACGCAAUCAUGUGUCUUCCACUGGCAAUCAAACAAGCAUGCGCAUAUAUUAGAGCAACGUAUACAACUGUAAGCGAGUAUUUAGCCCUGUUUAUGGCUAAUGAAAUGAACCAGAAGAGCCUCCUGGAGGAAAACUUCGGGGAUAUCACUAGGCGAGCUGAUGUGCCCAAUGCGGUCAUUCUCACCUGGCAAAUGUCAUUCGAAAAGAUGAAACAGCAAGUUCCCGUCACUGAUGCCAGUGAGAUUUUGGCAUUCAUGGCCAUGGUCAGUCGAGAGGAAAUCCCGGGCUUUAUCCUGGCUUGCAGGUGCAAGAAAGGAGACAUUGCGUUGCAAAGGGACAUUGAAUUGUUAUUGAGUUACUCCCUAAUUACUCGAAUGUCUCAGAAGAACAACCAUUUCAACAUGCACCGUUUGAUCCAGCUUACUGUUCGGGCUUGGCUAGAGAAAAGAGGCGAUCUUGACCAUUUUGAAGCUGCAGCUCUGGAAGUUAUCCACAAUCUAUUUCGGAAGGCACUCUCCGAAGAAGAUUGGCCACAAUGCCGCUUAUUAUACCGACAUGCCCAGGCUGUCUCCCAAUAUAAGUAUAGCGAAGAGAGAUAUCAUCGUAUGAACCAAGCAUUACUUGACGAUAUAUACACUUACAGCCACCCUAGUCCCGCUCAAAUGGACCCCUGUCAAGAUCUGGAAGGGAAAAUUCCCAUACAGCUCUUGGGUUCCCAACCAGCCAUUCUCCAGUCCUGUGAAUUUAUUGAAUGGAUGCGCGGCGAAGAGAGGGGUUUAUUGCUUGUAGGACCGCCCGGGACAGGCAAAACAAGCGUGUGCACGUUCCUCAUCGCCAGUUACUUACCACGACAUGUGAAUGCCGAGACUUUGUAUUUUCUCUUCUCAUAUGCGAUGACGGGAGACGACCAGAUGAGCCAGUCUGUCCUACUCAAGCUUCUCGGUCAGCUCUGUCGAGUCUAUGUCGAAGGCAGUAGGAUCCCUGACAAGGUCCGUGAAAUAUGGUCUCAGUGCAAAGACCCUUCCACAAAACGCGUCAACGUCGACGAACUCCUCUCUAUCUUGGUUCAUGUCGCUGAUGAUUUGGACCGAGAGGUUAUUGUCAUUUUCGACGGGAUUGAUGAGGUCCAGUCCACGGCCAAUCUCGACGGCAUCUUCCGGAUGAUCGACUCCCUGCUUAAUCAUCGCAGAUUCCGUCUCCUCGUCAGCUCACGGGCAGUCGGAUAUAUGGAAGAACGGCAAUGGCCACAACGGAUGCUAAAAAUUGAGCUAUCACUAGAAACUUUCACUGUAAUUGGAUGGACCACUGCCAUUCCACAUAUGAUCCAGCAGGUUGGGUUCGAUCAGAUAAUUACUAUUAUCAACAAGGACCCUGCUGGCUCGACCUCAUGGAUGUACGACGCUGUCUUUGCGUCCAUGCGAAUCGGCCAGCGAAGUUUCGACGAAUCGGAACUUACAGCCAUGUGUCACCCUCUCGCAGUCCCUGCCUUCAAUGGUGAGACAAGAGUGAUACAAUUCAUGCACAAGCGCGUCGAGAGUCAUGUUCUGCAAUUGCAUACCUCCACUGCGACAGGUGAGGCCGACGCGAACUGGAUUAUUAUAUCGUCUUGUCUUCGAUGUAUCCUCCGAUACGGACCGGAAGUGGCUACUGAAACAAUAAACGAGUUGCCGUCUCAGUUUCUCAUGUACGCCGCUAAAUACUGGCCGAAGCAUUUGCAAUCAUGUAUAUCGCCCUCUGUCGCUGUGAAGGAAACGGACAUCCCUGAUGAAGCCAGGGACUAUAUGCGGCAACUAUUCGAUCUAAAUUCAUCUCAGGCGUUUCUUGGUUGGCUUCGCCUCUUCGACCCUAUGAACCCAACCAGGGGCUCCCAGUUGGAAGCGGCAUUGGAUGAUUUUCCACCUCAAGCCGCCUACAUCGCAGAACUAGGUCUGCCUCCAGAGAUCCUACUUUUGACACCCAAUAAAACAAUGCCGACAGCCCAGCCAAUCAUGCCCAUUCGGCGACCGAUAAUGGCUGUUUUGUGA